CACAAAAUGUGCUGUGCUUCCCAAAAUAGGCUCCCCAAGAGACCCACGGAGAACAAAUUAGCUAGCACAAGCGCACGCGCAGAGCGAAGAAAUGGCGAUGGCGAUGCAGCCAUCUUAGCCCCCUCUUCCUCUCCCUCCCCCAUUCCAUGGCUGCUCCUCCUCUGGCGCUCCUCGCUGCUGCCAUAGCCGCGCUCGUCAUCCUCGUCCUCGUCGUCUUCGCCUUCCGGCGAUGGUGGCGGCGGCAGCGCCGCGUUCUCGAGGCCGCCGCGGCGGUCCCUUGCCCGGUCGCUGUCCAGAACGAGGAUCUAAAUAUGCCUCUUCUUUCUGAAAAUCGGGAUGACCAUUCUAGCCAGAGUGAUAGUUUUCUUGGAAGUACUGUAGGAGAAUCUUCGAAGAUUCAAACAAAUAGGAGUAACACUUCGCCUAGAAGUCAUGCAGUUGCUGAUUCAGGAAGGAUUUAUCAUGCUGAAUCUUGUGCUACACAAGGAGAAACUCAUGUAAUCAAUGUUGAAAAUGAUACUUCUGAAGAUUUCCAAUUAGGAAGCACACUUAAGCGUACACCACCAGCUAAUUGGCCAACACCUGAUUUAAAGCACAAAAGGAGGAGUUCUGCAGAGGAUAAUCGUAACGGCAGGGAUAAAACAUAUCAAAGCAGCCUAGAUUUAGAGGUCAUAGCUGGUCCUUCUCAUGGAGUAAGCUGUUCCCGGCAGUCAACUAGCUCUUCUAUGCUCCCGAUUACUCUUGGGAGAGUUCCCCCAAGUGAUUUGGUGUUAAAGGACUCUGAAGUGUCAGGGAAGCAUGCUCGGAUAAGCUGGAAUGCAAAAACAUUGAAAUGGGAACUUGUAGACAUGGGCAGCUUGAAUGGAACUUUCUUGAACUCUCAGGCGGUUCACCAUCCAGAUGUUGGGUCUAGGCAUUGGGGUGAUCCUGCUGAACUUGCACAUGGUGAUAUUAUAACUCUAGGGACAUCAUCAAAACUAUCUGUUCAAAUUUCACUGCAAAAUCAACGGGUUCCUGCUGGAGUGGGUAUGGCAUCUGACCCUAUGGUAGCCCGCAGAAGUGGAAAGAAACUUCCAAUGGAGGACAUCAGCUUUUGCCAGUGUCCUCUGCAGGGUGUUGAACAGUUUGGGCUCUUUGGAAUUUUUGAUGGACAUGGCGGGGAUGGAGCUGCCAAAGCUGUCAGCAAGAUUCUUCCAGAAAAUGUGGCAAACAUUUUAUCUCAUCCUGAAGCAAAAGAACGAGUGCUAUCAUGUUCUGAUGCUUCUGAUGUUCUUAGAUAUGCUUUUACUUUGACAGAAGCUGCAAUUGAUCAUCAGUAUGAGGGUUGUACAGCGACUGCACUUCUUAUUUGGUUCAAUCAAAAUAAAGACUGUUUUGCCCAGUGUGCUAAUCUUGGUGAUUCAGCUUGUGUAAUGAGUGUCAAUGGAAAGAUGAUUGAUAUGACUGAAGAUCAUCGGGUCGCAAGUACAACCGAAAGAGCUAGGAUAUUAAAAACUGGGCAGCCCCUGAAAGAUGGUGAAGUUCGUCUUAGUGGACUAAAUCUUGCCAGGAUGUUCGGAGAUAAAUUUCUAAAAGAGCAAGACUCACGCUUCAGCUCAGAGCCAUAUGUGAGCGAGGCUGUUCAUAUUACCAAAGCAUGUACAGCUUUCGCCGUUAUUGCUAGUGAUGGGCUCUGGGAUGUCAUUAGCACUAAAAGGGCAGUACAGCUUGUUGUUGAGGCAAAGGAGAGGAACGCUGAUGACAGCACCUCAGUGGAUAAAGUAGCCAAUCGUGUAUUAAGUGAAGCUAGGAAUUUGCAAACCAAGGACAACACAUCCAUAAUAUUUGUAGAUUUCGACAUCUUGAGAACAGACCCUUGUAUUGCCAAAUGAUUUGUCCAUUUUGAUACAUCUUGUUCUGAGAAUCAUUUGCCUGGCAGCUUAUAGCUCCAAAAUUUUGCGCCACUGUUAGUUCCACAAGAUUUUACCGAGAUGCAGUAAUGUUUGCGUGAACC